AUGCUGCGCAGAGACUUGGCUGCGGUGACCAUUGCGGACAUCGAGCGAAUCGCCAGCACCAAGCUUGAGCCGGGAGUCGGCUGGUACUACAACGGCGGUGCCGACCAGGAGGAGACCAUUAAAGAAAACAAGGAGGCGUUUCGGAGGUUGCGCUUCAGGCCUCGCAUGCUCGUGGACGUGUCUUGGGUGAGCACGGCGACGACACUGCUGGGUCAGCCCGUUUCCAUGCCCUUUGGCUUUUCACCCUCGGCGAUGCAGCAGCUAGCGCACCCUGACGGAGAAAUCGGAGCCGCACAAGCCGCCGAGGCAGCCGGCACAUUGAUGAUCCUCAGUUCGAUGAGCACCAUUUCGCUGGAGGACAUUCGCCUCCGCGCCCCUAACUGCACCUUGUGGCUUCAAGUGUACGUCUACAAGGACCGCGCCCUCACCGAGUCCCUGGUGAAGAGGGCCGCAGCCGCUGGCUUCUCCGCCGUUGUGCUCACAGCCGAUUCGCCCGUGUUCGGCCAGAAGGUCAUGGCCAACAAGUACCGAUUCCACCUGCCCAAGCACUUGAGGUUUGGCACGUUGGAGCGCUCCCUCCCCUCGGCCACCGCGGAAAGCCACGCCGACUUCGACGAAUUCGUGGACGACCUCAUUUCGCCCAGUGUGACCUGGUCGGACGUCGCCUGGCUGCGAGAGGUCUCCGGGCUGCCGGUCGUCGUGAAGGGCGUCAUCACUCCGGAAGCUGCCGUGAAGAGUUACGAGAGCGGAGCUGCGGCCAUCAUCGUGUCCAACCACGGAGGACGACAGCUGGAUGGAACACCGGCAACGAUCGACGUCCUGCCCGAGAUCGUGGAAGCCGUGGGCGGUCGCCUCGAGGUCUACCUGGACAGCGGAGUGCGCACGGGAGCCGACGUGGUCCGCGCUCUCGCUCUCGGUGCUCGAGCAGCCUUCGUCGGCAGACCCGUACUGUGGGGGCUCGCCUACAACGGCAAGAAGGGGGUGAGCACUGUUCUUGACAUCUACCGAUCGGAGCUCGAACGGACACUCAGGCUACUAGGGUGUGCCGACGUAACGGAACUAACUCCCGAGUUUGUCAUGCACAAGAACUACUUCUGGUCACCUCACUGCCGACAGAGGCGGCGCUUUCCAUCACAAAGGGAAGUCCACGCAAGCGACUGGCCGGAGUGGACCGCUCUACAGCGGGCCGAUGACCACAAGACAAGCUUGCAGCAGCAGAGCCACAAGCGCCGGAUCAUGAACCCCAGUCGGGAAAAUUCACAAUUCAAAACUUAA